AUGUCAUUUUAUACUUUGCCAAGGACAAAAAUAAAUAUAUACGGACAUUCAGUCCAACCAACAAUACCAAAUAUACCAGAAGCGGGACCGCACAGAAACACGCCUGUUUCCAAAUUUAUAAAAAGAGUGCACGACCAAUUAGACUAUCCUCCACUUUUCGAAGACAAAUCAUGGACCAAAAGUGUACCUUCAAAAGAUGUGAGAAUGUUCUUGAAACCGUCGGAAACGAUAGGUGCUGCGUUUUGUCCGGCCGGUCAAGAUUUGCGUAUCCAAGAUCUUCCAACUGCGAGAAAAAAGUUGAAAAUUAAUUUUUUUGGAGCGGACGGUAAGCUCAAGUAUCCCCCGACCAAAUCAAAAAAGGAGGAAGCGAAAGAGGCGGAAGAACAACUAAAGCGGAAGCGAAAAAAAGAACGACUGCCGGGAAUAGUACCUCUAAAAUCUUUGUUAACCGGAGAAUAUCACGAAAAGAAACAAAAAGAAAAAGAGAGGAGACACAAAAUGAAGAGGAUGAGAGAAAAACUUAAGGCCAUCGACGAUGCAGAGAUGGCUGGCUUUCCAGACGAUCCAACGGAGUUAGAGAAGAUGCAAGCCGUACUACCUAUAGUACCUGACGAUCAGAUGCUAAUGCUGAUCAAACAAGCCGAAGACGAAAUGAACGAAUAUAUUCGCCCAUUCGAUAUCAAACGAAUGCACUAUUACCUCACACAAGGUAUAGAUGAAAAACACAUUGAACCGUAUAAUAUUUUGUGGUAUGAGACAGCGAAAAGCAGUGUGAAACAGUACAAAAAACUGAGAUCUUACAAACCAAUCAUGUCCCAGUGUAAAAAAGAAUUGCUACGAUUAUAUUGUGAAUUCAUGAGACGUGCAAUUCUCAAUUACAUCCUCAAAGAUCCGAAUGAGUGGGAUCGAUUGGGAUUCGAUACCUUUCCCAAAGAUUAUCCAGGUUGCAUGCUUAUUCGCGCACCUGUUCCGUGGCACAUACACUACGUCCUCGGACAACAGAGCUUAGAGAAGCACUAUUUUUUGGGAAAUGUAAUUGUGCGGAAGAUAACUGAAGCUUGGUACCAAUUACAUUAUGAUGAGCUGAUCGUACCAACAUCCUAUUUAGAAAGUUUGGUAUUCCCACUUGAUCCUGAUAAAAUGAAGCGUGAAGUUACUCAGCUUUGUGAUAACACAAAAAAGAUGAUCUUGGAACAAUGGUUUCCCAUGUGUGCGGAUAUCUUUCUAGAAUACAAAGAAAUGUGGAGGCAGUACAUACCAUCUACAUCUCAUGAUUCUAUUGCGUUGAUUAGAGGGUUUUUUAACUGUGUAAAUAUGUUAUUGGCUAGCCAAAUCAGAGGCCUAAUCAUGAGAAGUUUACACCACUUCACUGAUCUAAUUUUUCAAUUUGUGGGUGGAAAUGACUAUGAAGGAGAGUAUGAUGACAGUGCAUUCACUUAUAUACCGAUUAUAACUGUUUAUGCCGUUCCUGAACCGCAUAAAAUAGUCGUUAAUCCACUUCUUAGAAACAUGACCAGAUUCGUGGUGGAGUUGUUUAAUCUGAUAGUACAUGUAGGUCACAAGAUUCUCAGGAUAGAGAAUAUCAUGUUUCCAGAGUUUGUCUAUGAGGAGACUUAUUUAAUUUCAAUAGAUACCAAAGACGAAGAAGUUGUAAAUCUAAGAAAGCAGAUACAAAGUGUUGUUUCCAGCAACAUUUUGGGCCCAGAGAAAUAUUUGGAAUUGUAUCAUAAAUAUAUGUACAUUUUAAAUGGUGAUAUAAAAAGGGAGCUAUUGGAAUAUUUUGAACAGGAUCCUUUGCCAUAUUUGACAGAAUUCUCCAAGAAAAUUUACAAGUACGAAGCAUUGAAGAAUGAGAUUAUUGACUUGAGACGUAACAUACCUUUAAAUCUUUUAAGUUUGGAUUGCAAUAAUUUGAAUGAAACUCUUUACAAUUUAGUUGAUGAGUGUAGAACUUAUACCAUUGAUCAUUUCGUGAAGGAGACUUUCAGACUCAAUAAAAAUAUUUCACAAACAUUCGACGAUAUGUGUCAAAGAAUCAGUCAAACUCCUGAAACAGUAGCAGAACUAGUAGACCUCCAAAACUACGUAAUAGAAAGUCGGGAUGUCACCAUGUACAAUCUAAAAGAAACUAUUAGGAAACAGUCUGAAGUCGUGCUGUUCCUUAUGAAACAUGCGAUCCUAAGCGAUGAAGACAUCAACUUAAACUCUAGGGUCUUCCUAUGGCCGAAGGAUAUGGAAUCUGUAAUAGAAUUCGCUCUGCAAAAAUUGACAAUCAAACGUGAUCAAGCCGAAGUUAACUUAAAGAACAAACGACUCACAUUCGACCAACAGUUGAACAGACACGAAAAAUUGCUCAUCACCUUGAAAAAACGUGAUCCAGCUCUCCUUACCAUGGAAGAAAUGGAAGACGCUGUGGAAGCAGUUGAAGAUUUAAUGGGCAAACUACAAGCAGACAAAGAUGAAGCAGAACACAUCAAUGCCGAAGAACAAUUGCUGGAUCUGGAUCCUUCACCGUUUAUGAAUUUAUAUAAAAUGUUGCAAACAAUUGACCCGUAUGACAGACUUUGGCACACCGUCUACGACUUCCACAAGAACUAUGAUCUAUGGUACUAUGGACCGUUUAUGGGUUUAGAUGCCGAUGAAAUCACCGAGUUUGUAGAGACAACAUGGAGAACUUUGUACAAACUUGCCAAGAUUUUCAGCGAUAAUCCCGGCGCGAAGAGAAUUGCGGAAACAGUUAGAUCUAAAGUUGAAAAGUUUAGACAGUUACUUCCUGUUCUAGCCACAGUUUGUAAUAAGGGUCUACAGCAACGACACUGGAAUCAAAUAAGCGAGAUUGUUGGCGUAAAACUGCAUGUCACUCCGGAAUCCACCUUGCACUACAUGAUAGAAGCAGGUUUGCCUAGAUUUACAAAACAAUUGGAAGAAAUCAGUGGAGCUGCCACCAAAGAAUAUGCUUUAGAGAGAAACCUGGCGAAGAUGAAAGAAGAAUGGAUCGAUAUUAAAUUCGAAUGUAUUCCCUACAGGGAAACUGGAGUGCAUAUUCUUACAGCAGUGGAUGACAUACAAGUAAUGCUGGAUGAUAACAUAUUAAAAGCUCAAACAAUGCGUGGAUCGCCCUAUGUAAAGGCAUUUGAGAAGGAAAUGCAAGCGUGGGAAGAAAAGCUCUUAUCAAUGCAAGAUAUUUUGGACGCCUGGCUUAUCAAUCAGGCUACUUGGAUGUAUUUAGAGCCAAUCUUUAGUUCCGAAGAUAUUAUGAGACAAAUGCCUACAGAAGCUAGAAACUUUAAAAUAGUCGACAAAGUUUGGAGAGCAAUUAUGAACAACACGAUACAAGAUACUCAUGUGCUUGUCGCAACUGAGUACAAGAAGAUGCUGUCGCUUUUGAGAGAAAAUAACCGAUUGCUGGAUGAAAUUCUGAAAGGCCUCAACGAAUAUUUAGAGAAGAAGAGACUUUUCUUUCCCAGAUUUUUCUUCUUAUCUAACGAUGAAUUAUUAGAAAUAUUGUCCGAGACAAAAGAUCCACUAAGAGUACAACCUCAUUUGAAAAAGUGCUUUGAAGGAAUUUACCUUUUAGAUUUUGUUGAAGAUCAGAUACUUGGUAUGAUUAGUGCAGAGAAGGAAAUCGUUCCAUUUUCAACGAAGAUAAUGCCGGCAGAAGCAAAAGGUAUGGUCGAAAAGUGGCUAGUCCAAGUAGAACAAGUUAUGAUACAAUCAAUGAAAGAUGUCACUCACCAUUCUAUCAAAGCCUAUAUCACCACUGAUCGGAGAGAUUGGAUUGUUAAUUGGCCAGGACAAGUGGUGCAAUGUGUAAAUUGCAUCUAUUGGACCAAAGAGGUAACCUCGUCGAUAUUCGAACAGAGACUUGUCGAACAAGUAAGAAAAUGUAACGAGCAAAUUGAACAAAGUGUGCGAAUGGUACAAGGAAAAUUGGAACCCGGCAAUCAAGUGACUGUAGAAGCUUUAAUUGUCAUUGAUGUACAUGGCAGAGACAUCGUUAAGCUACUUAAGGAAAAGAAAGUCACUUCUACAGUUGAUUUUGCCUGGAUCUCUCAACUGAGGUACUACUGGGAAGAAGACGAAAGAGAAGUACCAGUUCGAAUGAUCACCACAAAAGUUGAUUAUGGAUUUGAGUAUCUGGGAAAUACUGGUCGACUUGUUGCCACUCCACUCACCGAUCGAUGCUACAGAACUUUGAUGGGUGCGUUGAAACUGAACCUCGGGGGAGCACCAGAGGGUCCAGCAGGGACAGGCAAAACAGAAACGUGCAAAGACUUAGCCAAAGCUGUUGCUAAGAAAUGUGUAGUCUUCAAUUGCUCCGAUGGAUUAGACUACAAAGCGCUGGGAAAAUUCUUUAAGGGUUUAGCACAAUCUGGUGCUUGGGCAUGUUUUGACGAAUUCAACAGAAUUGAGUUGGAAGUAUUGUCUGUUGUUGCGCAACAAAUUUCCUGUAUUCAAGUGGCCAUAGCAGCUAAACUGAAAAAGUUUGUUUUUGAAGGAACAGAGCUAACUUUGGAUCCCACGUGUACUGUUUUCAUAACUAUGAAUCCUGGUUACGCAGGAAGACAAGAACUACCUGAUAAUUUAAAGGUACUGUUUAGAACUGUAGCUAUGAUGGUGCCAGAUUAUGCCAUGAUUGGUGAAAUCUCCUUGUUCUCUUACGGAUUUGAGGAAGCUAGCAGUUUAUCUCAAAAGAUUGUCCACACAUAUAAAUUAUGUUCAGAACAGCUAUCCUCCCAAAAUCAUUAUGAUUAUGGAAUGAGGGCUGUAAAAUCUGUCUUAUUAGCUGCUGGUGCCUUGAAGAGAAAUUAUCCUGAGAGUUCUGAAGCUCAAUUAGUUCUUAGAGCCAUCAUCGACGUAAACUUACCGAAAUUUCUCGCCCAGGAUGUGCCACUAUUCGAGGGUAUUUACUCAGAUUUGUUCCCCGGGAUUGAGCUACCAGUGUUUGAAAGAGCCGACCUCAUAGAAUGCAUCAAGGAACGAAUUGAAGAGAAACAAUUAUGUGGAUCUCCUUGGUAUAUGGAAAAGAUCAUGCAGAUUUAUGAAAUGAUCCUAGUCAGACAUGGUUUAAUGAUAGUCGGUAGACCACUAGGAGGCAAAACUCAAGCUUAUCAGACUUUGGCAGAAUCACUGGGAAAAUUGGCUGAACGCCCUGAAGCGAAAUUAAUUGAAAACCACACUCUUUACCGAAUUAUUAAUCCCAAAGCUAUAUCUAUGGGCCAGUUGUAUGGUCAAUUUGAUCCAGCUUCCCACGAAUGGUCUGAUGGUGUUUUAGCCACAACUUUUAGAGAAUAUGCUAACAAUCCUUCCCUGGAUAGAAAAUGGAUCUUGUUCGACGGUCCUGUUGAUGCUGUAUGGAUUGAAAAUAUGAACACGGUUUUAGAUGACAACAAAAAGCUCUGUCUUAUGUCUGGAGAAAUUAUACAAAUGUCACCACAAAUGAAUUUAAUUUUUGAGCCUGCAGAUUUAGAACAGGCUUCUCCAGCAACUGUAUCCAGAUGCGGCAUGAUCUAUAUGGAACCACAUCUUUUGGGUUGGCAAGCAUUUCACGAAACAGCUUUAGCUAUUUAUUCCACAGUGCUGCUUAAAGAACAGAUUCAAACGGUUCACGAGAUCAUAACUUGGUUGGCUCCAGCUUCCUUCAAGUUUAUUCAACUACAUUGCAAAACUAUGGUAUCAAUUAACGAAAAUUACUACUAUUUGUUGGGAAUGAAGCUAUACAAACACUUGAUGCUAAAGCAAAAAUCACUCAGUACCAUUUCAAUUCAAAUUAUGUAUAUUGUGGUACAUGUAUGGACUACUGCAGGUACUCUUGAUGGUUCUGGUCGAAUUAAAUUUGAUGCCUGGUUCAGAAAACUGGUAAACGGUGAAGAUAAAAGUAAUCCGAAGCCUAAGAGUGUUACUGUGACCAAAGCUCAACUGUUUCCUGAACGAUUCACUGUUUUUGAUUAUUACUGGGAUCCUCAGAGAAACAAUGGUACUUGGGUAUUGUGGAUCGAUAUGGUGGACAAAAUCCAACAAAUACCACCUAAUGCAAAGCCAAGUGAAUUGAUAAUACAGACAAGUCAAAGCAUCUACAUGAACUUUUUCUUGAAAUUUUGUCUAAACAUGAAUGCUCCUGUUCUCUACGUCGGACCUACAGGAACUGGAAAAUCUGCUGUAGUUAUGGACUCUCUUUUGAGUUUGCCUAAAGAAGAGUUCUUGAUAAAUACGCUCAAUUUCAGUGCCAGAACAACGUCCAUGAUGACACAAGAAACAGUAAUGUCAAAAUUGGACAAAAGAAGGAGAGGUGUAUACGGUCCUCCUAUGGGCAAAAGAUGUAUUUUGUUUGUGGAUGAUGUGGGUAUGCCACAAAAGGAGGUUUGGGGGGCUCAACCUCCUGUGGAAUUAUUGAGACAGUGGCUAGAUCACGGUCAUUGGUUCGAUAAGGACACUUCCAUACUACAACUUGUUGAUAUGUCAUUUGUUGGGGCUAUGGGAGUACCAGGAGGAGGAAGGAACGAAGUCACUGAAAGGUUUUUAAGGCAUAUGUUUAUCAUAACCGUUGACUCUUUCGAUGAUAAUACUUUGUCGAAAAUUUUUGUUACUAUUUUGGAUUGGCAUUUCCAAAAAGGCUUCGUUGACGAAAUUGCUCGUCUAUCCAAAUUUUGCGUGGCUGCCACUAUGGAGGUUUACAAAGCAGCAAUGUUGAACUUCUUACCUACUCCAACAAAGUCUCACUACACUUUCUCACUGCGAGAUUUUGCAAGAGUUAUUUAUGGUUUAUUAAAUACUCCACCCAAAAAACUCACCGACAUAGACAAAUUUAUAAGACUGUGGAUACACGAAAGUUAUCGUGUCUUCCAUGACAGAUUAGUGGAUGAAUCUGAUCGAUUAGAGUUCUUUAACAUUGUGAAGACUUCUUGCUAUCAAGGUUUCCGACAACAGUUUAACAAAGUUUGUGCUCCGUUGGGUACUGAGGACGAAGACACAAUAGGACCACAACAUAUGAGAAAUCUCUUUUUCGGCAACUACAUGGAACCUGACGCCGAUCCUAAAAUUUACGAUGAAAUCACUGACCUUAAUGAACUGGUGGAAAAGAUGGUGUAUUAUUUGAAUGAAUACAAUGUUGUGUCUAAGGCACCAAUGAACUUGGUUAUGUUUAAGUUUGCCAUUGAACAUGUGUCCAGAGUCUCUAGGGUUUUGACUCAGCCCAACGGUAAUGUUCUUUUGGUGGGCAUUGGAGGUUCAGGAAGACACAGCGCUGUGAAAUUAGCAGCAUCAAUGUCAGAAAUUACCAUUUUUGAGAUUGAAAUAAGCAGAAAUUAUGCAAUAAGUGAGUGGAGGGAAGAUUUAAAAAAGCUACUCCUGAAGGCUGGUAUUGAUGGUAAACCCAUUGUGUUUCUAUUUGCUGAUACACAAGUAGCAGAUGAAGCAUUUAUUGAGGACAUAAACACAGUUUUGAAUUCGGCUGAUGUACCCAAUUUGUACGCGCCCGAUGAAAAGGCUGAAAUAUUGGAGAAGAUGCAAACAGCUUCUAGAGAAUCUGGAAAAAAGAUUGAUACAACUCCUCUUGCUCUCUACAACUUCUUCAUAGAGAGAGUGAAAAGUAGUCUUCAUGUAGCUCUUUGCAUGAGUCCAAUAGGAGAUACUUUCAGGGUGAGAUGCAGAAUGUUUCCAUCGUUGAUAAACUGUUGUACUAUAGAUUGGUUUACGGAUUGGCCUCACGAUGCAUUGGAAAGAGUAGCCAAUAUGUUUUUAUCCAAAACUGAUAUAUCAAAAGAUAUGAUAAAACUUUGUACUUUAAUAUGCAAGUAUUUUCAUGUUUCUAUUCAAAAUUUGUCGAAGGUUUUCUAUCGUGAACAAAAGAGAAAAACAUACGUCACUCCCACGUCGUAUUUAGAAUUGAUCCAAACUUUUAUUAACAUGUACUACGUAAAAAUCGAUCAAAUAACUAUGUUUAGGAACAGAUACGAAGUAGGACUAGAAAAAUUGGACUUUGCCGCUAGUCAGGUCGGCCUGAUGCAACAAGAACUUUUUGAUUUACAACCAAAGCUCGUUGUAGCUUCAGGAAUAACUGAAAAACUCAUGGUUAAAAUUGAACAGGAUACGGUCAUUGUAGAAAAACAGAAAGAAAUUGUUGGUGCUGAUGAAGCCUUGGCCAAUGAAGCUGCAGCAGCAGCUCAAGCUAUAAAAGAUGAUUGCGAAUCAGAUCUUUCUGAAGCUAUUCCAGCAUUGGAGGCUGCUUUGGAUGCUCUUAAUACUUUAAAACCUGCCGACAUUACUGUUGUAAAGUCUAUGAAAAAUCCUCCGUCUGGUGUUAAACUAGUUAUGGAAGCAGUUUGUGUAAUGAAACAAGCGAAACCAGUGAGGAAACCAGAUCCAGCUUCUGGGAAGAUGAUCGAAGACUAUUGGGAAACUUCAGUGAAGGUAUUGGGCGACAUGAAAUUUUUAGAAGGUUUGAAAAAUUACGACAAAGACAACAUUCCUCCCGCUGUCAUGAAACGUAUUAGAGAAAAGUAUAUGCCCGAUCGUGAAUUCAAUCCAGACCGCAUCCAUACUGUCUCAACUGCUUGCGAAGGACUCUGCAAGUGGGUUUUGGCCAUGGAGGUGUACGACAGAGUGGUAAAGAUCGUGGCACCCAAAAAAGCAGCUUUAGCAGAAGCCGAAGGUGAACUAGCGAUUCAAAUGGAUACUUUGAACGCUAAAAGAGCUCAGCUUCAAGAGGUUGCCGAUAAAUUGCAAGCGUUAAACGACGAAUUUGCAGCCGAAACCAAAAAGAAGAAAGACUUGGAAGACAUGAUUAAUCUCUGUUCCCAGAAGUUGGACAGAGCUGAAAAACUAAUUGGAGGAUUGGGUGGUGAAAAGACAAGAUGGAGUGAAACGGCGAAACAGCUACACGAAUUGUUGGGAAAUGUUAUUGGUGACGUUAUGUUGAGUGCAGGAGUUAUUGCUUAUCUUGGAGCAUUUUCUGUUAACUACAGGCAAGAAGUAGUGAAGGAAUGGAAUAUGUAUUGCUUGAAGCUAGGCAUUCCUUGUUCGGAUAACUUUUCAUUGGUUACCACAAUGGGUGAACCAGUGCUCAUUAGAGCUUGGAACAUUGCUGGAUUACCCGUAGAUACAUACAGUAUUGAAAACGGCAUUAUCGCUACGAAUGCGAGAAGAUGGCCAUUGAUGAUCGAUCCUCAAGGCCAGGCAAAUCGUUGGGUGAAGAAUAUGGAGAAAAAUAACCGAUUACAAAUCAUAAAAUUAACAGACACCAAUUACGUUCGCGUUUUAGAAAAUGCGGUGACGUUUGGUACACCAGUAAUGCUGGAAAAUAUAAAUGAGGAUAUCGAUGCCGUUUUGGAUCCGAUUUUGACUAAAAAUAUUUUCAAGUCACAAGGCGUUUGGUAUCUAAAACUAGGCGACAAUGUUUUAGAAUACAGUUUCGACUUUCGUUUCUUCAUCACGACUCGUUUGAGAAAUCCGCAUUACCUUCCUGAAAUCGCUGUUAAAGUUUCGCUUUUGAACUUUAUGAUCACACAACAAGGAUUGCAGGACCAACUGCUCGGAAUUGUGGUGGCGAGGGAACGUCCUGAACUAGAAGAAAAAAAGAACGCUAUGAUAAUCGAAGGCGCCAACAACAAGAAAAUGUUAAAGGAAAUCGAAGAUAAAAUAUUAGAGGUAUUAUCCACAUCAGAAGGUAAUAUCUUGGAAGAUGAAACAGCUAUAAAAAUAUUAUCUAGCAGUAGAAUUCUAUCUGAGGAAAUCCAAGUGAAGCAGGAAAUCGCAGCUGUUACAGAACAAGAAAUUGAUUUUGCCCGAAAUCAAUAUGUUCCUGUUUCUAAACAUUCAUCAGUGUUAUUCUUUUGCUUGUCAGAAUUAGCAAAUAUUGAUCCGAUGUACCAGUAUUCAUUGGCGUGGUUUAUCAAUCUGUACCAUCAAGGUAUUACGAACAGUCCAAAAUCAGACGUCCUUGAAGAAAGACUAGGUUAUCUCAACUCCUUCUUUACCAACAGUAUCUACAGGAAUGUCUGUAGGAGUUUAUUCGAGAAAGACAAAUUGAUUUUCUCAUUGAUUUUAUCUGUGGGAAUUUUAAGAUCACACAACAACAUCGAUGAAGAUGUCUGGAAUUUCUUCUUGACUGGUGGAGUGGCUCUGGAUAAUCCCUUUCCAAAUCCGGCAUCAGAAUGGCUCUCUGAAAAAUCGUGGUCGGAAGUUGUUCGAGCAUCAAACCUAAAAGGAUUGGAGCAGUUUAAGGACAGUGUGACGGCAGAACCUAAUGAAUGGAAGGCAUUUUACGACGUAUUUAACCCUCACGACAUACCCUGUCCGAGUCCGUUUCACGAGAUCAAAGGUCUUGGAAGAUUGGUCAUAAUUAAAUGUAUUCGACCUGAUAAAGUUGUUCCUGCUGUCCAGAACUACAUUGUGGAGGAGAUGGGUCAAGCUUAUUUGGAACCUCCACAGUUUAAUCUUCAGGAGUCCUACAAUGAUAGUAAUUGUUGUUCACCACUGAUCUUUAUUCUGUCACCUGGUUCUGACCCCAUGGCUGGCUUGGCCAAAUUCGCUGGUGACAUGGGUAUUGCUAAAACCAGUUUAAUGACCAUUUCACUUGGACAAGGCCAGGGACCAAUCGCUGCGAAUAUGAUUCAAACAGGAAUGAUAACUGGUCAAUGGGCCGUUUUACAAAACUGUCACUUAGCUGAAAGCUGGAUGAAAGAACUGGACCGGAUAUGUGAUGAAGUUUUAGUUCCAGAAGCUACGAAUAAAGACUUCCGACUGUGGCUGACCAGCUACCCAAGCAAUGCGUUUCCGGUUGCAAUCCUACAAAACGGUGUAAAAAUGACCAACGAAGCUCCGAAAGGAUUGAGAUUAAAUCUGCUGAGAUCGUACCAAAGUGAUCCUAUAUCCGACAUGGAGUUCUUCACUUCGUGCACAAAUCCAUUUGCAUUUAAAAAGUUGUUGUUCUCGCUGUGUUUCUUUCACGGUGUUGUUCAGGAACGGAAAAAGUUUGGACCUUUGGGAUGGAAUAUUCCGUAUGAAUUUAACGAAUCUGAUCUCAGAAUAUCUGUAUUACAAUUACAGAUGUUUUUGACUGAAUACCAGUCAGUACCGUUUGAAGCUUUGGUUUAUCUAACGGGUGAAUGCAACUAUGGAGGACGUGUAACUGAUGACAAAGAUCGCAGACUUUUAAACUCUCUCCUAUCAAUUUUUUACAACCCAUCAGUUUUGGAAAAAAAGAAAUACGAAUUCUCACCAAGUGGAAUAUACUACGUACCAAGAGAUGACAGUUAUCUAGGUAUAAUAGAUUACAUCAAAUCUCUACCUCUAAUACCUUCACCUGAAGUAUACGGUUUACACGAGAAUGCUGAUAUAACAAAAGACAAUCAGGAAACUGCCAUGCUAUUACACGGAGCUCUUUUGACUCAAUCUCAAAUAACCGGAGGAGGUGGAGGCGAGGACAGCCAGGAAAUGGUGAUUGUACUAGCCAAUGAUAUAUUAAGUAAAGUGCCGGAUCUCUUCGAUAUUCGAAGUGUGAGUGAGAAGUACCCAAUUUUAAAAAGCAAUUCCAUGAACACUGUGCUAAGACAAGAACUAAUUCGGUUCAACCGAUUAAUUGCGGUAGUAAAGCGCACCCUUAAAGACUUGAUCAAAGCUUUAAAGGGAUUGGUGGUCAUGUCGGCCGAAUUGGAGAACACCUUCAACUCAAUGGUGGUGGGAAAAGUACCAGCGGCCUGGGCAAAUAAAAGUUACCCGAGUUUAAAGCCGUUGGGAUCGUACGUCACGGAUUUGAUAAUGAGGUUAAAAGUGUUUGAAGAGUGGAUUGAACAUGGGCCACCUAAUGUCUUUUGGCUGUCGGGGUUUUACUUCACGCAAUCAUUUUUGACGGGCGUGCUUCAGAAUUUUUCUAGAAAGCAGAAGUUGCCAAUCGAUUGGAUUCACUUCGAGUACUACACAACCAAGUAUGAGGCGGAAGCCGAUUCUUUGCCGGACAUAGGGGUCUACUGUAGGGGAUUGUUCUUGGAGGGAGCCAGAUGGGACAGAAAACUUAAAAUGUUAAACGAAUCGUAUCCGAAAAUUUUGUUCGAUGUAGUGCCGAUUAUGUGGCUUAAGCCGGCAAUAAAGGAAAACUACAAACCGCCACCUUGUUAUAACUGCCCUGUUUAUAAGACCAGUGCGAGGAGAGGUGUCCUGUCGACUACCGGACAUUCAACAAAUUUCGUAAUGUAUACAACAUUUGAAUCAAACCAUCCCGAGAAACAUUGGAUAAAUAGGGGUGUGGCUGCGUUGUGUCAGCUGGAUGAUUAGUUUAAAUAAAAUACCGAACCGUACAGUAGAGAGUUAUUCCAACUAUGUAUUAAUAAAUAUCACAUGAACAGACCUCGGGUUAAACCUUAUCUGUGUGCACUUAAUGAUAUGAAAUCGGGUUUGUCAUAUUUGUAUAUAACUCGCCAUGAGUAACACGCAGUAGUGUAGCAUAUUUUUUAUUUAACAAAUACAUUUGUUUAUAUGUAUAUAUACAUAUAUGUUUAAAAAUAAUUAUGGAUACGAAACCCACUAGUAGAAAUAGUGACUAUAAUCAACAAAUUGGGCUUUUCACUUAUCGAAAAAAUCUAACAUCCUAUAUAAGUCUCUUUUAUAUUUUCUUUUAUUUAUUGUCACUGUUUGGGAACACAAAAGAUUUUUUCAUUGAAGGGCAAGCAUGUGAUACAAUAAUAACACGACAAAACCUAUUUUACUUGUGCCACAUAAUUUUAAAUAUAAACUUGUUGUUUGCUUCGCGAUAUCAUAUAAAACAAAUUCUUAUCGCCUGGUUGACAGUAAAUGUUGUCCAAUUUUUCGUGUUAUUUGCUAACAUUGGAAUUCGGCUUCAAACAUUCACUUUCAUACAAACUUUAAUAGCAGCCUUUAUUAUAGGACUUUACAUGUGCACCUUAGAAAUGGUUUAUAGGUUUUUAAAACAAAUCACUGUAGUCGAAGAUAUGAAGAGAGGAGUCAAUGUGUAUAUAAUUUAAUAACUUUUAUUUUUACGUACAUUAUAUAAAUAUAUAUACAAUAUUUUA